UCAUAUAUUAGUAAUUAUUAAGUUAAUUUUUCCAUGUAGUACCGGUUCAUAAUUUUCAUCUGGGAAUAAAUAAGAAUUAAGAAUACAAUAAAAACAACUAGGAAUAAUCAAAAUGACUAGAGAAGUGGACAUAAAGGCUUUAGUAUCCCACAUUGUGCGUGGAGAUGGUAUGGAUAAAUGCAGAAUAUGUAUGGGUGACACUACUGAGGGCCAAGUAUAUCUCGAAGAUACAGUUAUGACGCAAGGAGACAAAGCUAUAACCCUAGCGGAGCUAUUGGAGACCAUAACAGGAGUUGAGGUGGUGAGCGGCGGCGAUCUGCCGUCCGGGCUCUGCCUGGCAUGUUCCAGCGCGGCAUUCGUCGCUGGCAACUUCCGCCUGCUGUGCCAACAGGCUGUCCAACAUUGGAACACCACCAUAUCACUACUUCAAAGCAUACCAAAUGCAAACUCGCCCGCUGUAUUCGUAAUGAUCAAUAGUGAUGAAAUGAUAUUAGUUGAUGAUGAAAAGGAAGGUACAGAUUCAGCUAAAUCAGCACCCCAAAAGAUAAAAGCACAAUUGAAGCCGAAAUCGAACGUAAGCAAAAGCUCAGUCAAAGCUCUCCACUGUCAAUGUCCAACAUGUGGAAAGACGUUCAUGUAUGCCCAACAUUUGUUCCAACACUUGAAAGAGUCUACAGAUCUUAAAAGGGCUUGUUAUAUAUGCGCAGAAGUAAUGUCCAGAGAUGAUCUGGUUGUCCAUUUGUCGGAUGUUCAUAAGCAGACCCCGCACAAAUGCAACAAGUGCCCCGCAUUUUUCUACUCGGAAAGCCAAUGCGUAGCUCACCUUAGACUGGCCCACUCGCCUGGCAGGUGUACGUGUGGCGAAUGCGGUAGGACCUUCCAAUCAUCUCACGCUUACCAUGCUCAUUUGACCGUCCACGCCGUCAAGGUUUGCCCAGGCUGCGACCAAUCGUUUCGCAAUCAGACCUGCUACUUUUACCACGUCAAAAAAUGUUGCAACUUGGAUAAGAACAGAGAAGACACGCACCGCACGAAGCACAAAGUCACCGUGGAGGUUAGAAAUAAAAAGAGCGAGAAAAAGAUACGCGUAGGAAUGCGUGGGAGCGCAUCGAACGAGUGCAUUUGCGAUUACUGCGGCAAGAAAUUCGCCGGAAAGAAGUUUGUGGCUGCACACAUACAGAUCGUCCACACGAAGAACACGCACAAGCCUUGUGUUUACUGUGGCAGGUUCUUGGCGGCCGCGCACAUGACGGAACAUGUCAAAACUCACGAAUUAGUCCGCUCUUUCAAAUGCGGCGCUUGUGGGAUCGUUCUUAAAAGCAGGCUGGGGUACAUCCAACACGUACGGUUACACACUGGCGAGAAGCCUUACGCGUGUGAAUAUUGCAACGAAACAUUCUCAGCGUCUUCCAGAAGAUCAGAGCACGUGCGUAAAGUCCAUAAGUGUCAGAAGACUCUUCGGCAUGGGUGCGAGUUGUGCCCGGCUCGGUUUCAUCUACCGUAUCGGCUCAGGAAACAUAUGGCGUCCGUUCACAGCACAGAAGCAGGCUCCCAAGUACAAUUCGAGUGUACUGAAUGCCACGAGAAGUUCGGUAGCUGCCGAGGGUUACUGCAUCACAGUCGGAAACAUCAGCACAAGGUGGCGUCACGGAAAGAUGGCUUUGAUUUUAAAGUGUACAGUGACACUGUGAAAAUGGAAGUGGAAUAAAUUAUUAAAUAAUAAAUAUUGUUAACAAAAAUGUGUUAUUGUAUUAGAAA